AUGGUUACACUGCUGGCUGUGAUGCAGGUUCCUGACCUUUGCCAGGUGGACGCAUGUCGCAGCACACAGAAUCCGAGAGAGUUCAUCGAGCGAUUCCUGCCUCGGGAGCUCCAGAUUGUCAAACGCUUGGACCACAAGAACAUCAUCCGGGUGUAUGAGAUGCUGGAGUCAACAGACGGGAAGAUCUACCUGGUGAUGGAGCUGGCGGAGGAUGGGGACAUCUUCGACUGUGUUCUGCAGGGAGGGCCACUGCCCGAGAGCCGAGCCAAAGUGCUCUUCCGCCAGCUGGUGGAAGCGAUCCGCUAUUGCCACAGCUGUGGUGUGGCGCACCGUGACCUGAAGUGCGAGAACGCCCUCCUGCAGGGCUUCAACCUGAAACUGACUGACUUUGGAUUUGCCAAGCUGCUUCCCAAGAACCGUAAGGAGCUAAGCCAGACGUUCUGCGGCAGCACGGCCUAUGCUGCUCCCGAGGUGCUGCAGGGUGUGCCCCACGACAGCAGGAAAGGGGACAUUUGGAGCAUGGGCGUGGUGCUCUACGUCAUGCUCUGUGCAAACCUGCCCUUUGACGACACAGACAUCCCCAAGAUGCUUUGCCACCAGCAGAAAGGGGUCUCCAUUCCCGGCCACUUGGGGAUUUCUGAGGAAUGCCAGGACCUCCUCAAAAGCCUGUUGGAACCAGACAUGAUCCUGAGACCUUCCAUCGAAGAAGUGAGUUGGCACCCGUGGUUAGCAAACUCCUGA